AUGAUGCAAGCUUUGUUCGUAUAUUCAGUGAUUUAUUCAAAGAUGCAAAAUCGUUGCGCGUUGUAUAUUUGUCAACAAUGUACUACCCUGUGGAGUCUCUAUUGCACAACAUCUGAAAGCUUGUCCAUCUUCGCUAUCUACGGCUUUUGUCAAUGUUUGGUAGUUAUCAAAGUGUACCAAUGUUUGUCAAGAUUUUAUCAUUUAAGGGUGCUAGACAUAAGACAGUGGUAUGAUGAUCGUAGUCUGCUUGCAGAUAUGGCUAACCUUGUAAAAUUGCGCCAUUUCCUUGUCGAAACUUAUAAAUUCCAUUCGAAUAUUUGUAAUGUGGGAAAACUACAUAACUUACAAGAACUACAGAGUUUUGAAGUUAGGAGAGGAAGGAGUGGUUUUGAACUGAGGGAGCUGGGGAAACUAGAGGAGCUAGGAGGAUCACUUGCCAUCUAUAAUCUUGAGAAAGCAUUAGUAAAUGAGGCACAUGAGGCAAAACUAUUAUACAAAAACCGCUUGCAGAAAUUAACACUAAGUUGGGAGGAAGGCCGAUCUAAUGUGAGUCCUGACUUAGAAGAUAAAGUACUCGAAAGCCUACGGCCACAUAGCAAUCUUCAUGAGCUAUGCAUUGAUGGGCAUGGAGGCCUUACUUGCCCUACAUGGCUGGGUACAAAUAUGUCCACCAAAGGUGUGGAGGGUCUCAUCCUAAAGCACACAAAUUGGGAAUUCCUUCCACCCCUUGGAGAGCUAUAUCUGAUUCGUGAGUCUGGAGAAGAGUAUUUAGGUUGCAUCACAGGCACAUUCUUUCGUAACUUGAAAAUGCUAAAACUCAUUGGGUUGCCAAGAUUUAGUAGAUGGGCAGCAAAUGAAGUUUGCCCUUGGUACUUCUCACUUCUUGAAGUACUCGUUGUGAAGGGUUGUGCUGAACUAACUGAGUUGCCGUUCUCAUCUAAUACUAGUUGCUACCCCUCGAAAAGAGAUUUGAAUUUGACUUGGUUUCCUAGGCUAAAAAGGAUUAAAAUUGUGGAUUGCCCAAAACUUCGGUCGCUGCCUCCUAUUCCUUGUAGUCACACUUUCUGCUCUGUUAGACUACAGGGACUUGUAGGACGAGGUCUGAAGGUGUUAGAUUACUCACACGAAUCAAGCGAUUUGAACAUAGAAGGAAGUGAUGCUCUGCAUAGCCUAGAUGAGACGGUCUUGGUGGUUCGGUUGGGCGUGGAGGCCCAUCACGUGCAGCAACAAACGGCAGCAUCUUCUGCUGUUCAAUUGCAGCAGGAUACGUAUGGAACAGCAGAUCAACAACAAGAAAUAGCGCAGGAGGUCGUCGCUCCGCGGGACAGGAGGAGGUCUGCAAUCCAUGGGCUCCCUCAGGAGAAUACAAGUAGUAGAUUCCUGUCGUCCUACAAGGCCUCCUCGGAUCUCUCUUCCUGUUGCCCUUUCCCGUCCUCUCUGCAAUCCCUCAUCCUUGGAGGUCGUAUGGAGGGCAUUGAGACGCUGGCUCCCCUCUCCAACCUCACUUCUCUUGAGAAGUUAAGCAUUUGGGAAUUGGGGGAUGAUUUUAGGUGCGACGGCCUGUUGCCUCUCCUUACCGAGGGCCAGCUGAACACAUUACAAGUCCGCAACACCCCGGUUUUUUUUGCUGGCAUUCAGGGUCCCGCUCCUGCUCCCGCACAGGCGGUCUCCAAACUGCAGAAACUCGAUACGGACGACAUCGCACAAGUCCUUGCUGCGCCCAUCUGCGGCCUCCUCUCUUCCUCCCUCACCGAAUUAUACUUUUGUAAUGACAACGAGGUGGAGCGCUUAAGCAAGGAGCAAGAGGAAGCUCUUUCUCUCCUCACAUCCCUCCAGGACCUCCAAUUUGUGUGCUGCAGCAAGCUGCGGUGCCUCCCCGCAGGGCUGCACAAGCUCACCAACCUCAAGAGAUUGAAUAUCACUCUCUGUCCAGCCAUGAGGUCACUGCCAAAGAAUGGCCUCCCCACCUCGCUGCAAGAGUUCGAUGUCCACGGUUGCGGAAAUGAGAAGCUAAAACAGCGAUGCAGACGGUUAAUGGGGAGCAUCCCAUUAAUCAGCCUAUAGAAUAAUCCAAGGGCUCCUCCUCCUUGGGAGUUGUACAUUCUUCUAGCCUUGUAGGACUGUUAAUGGGAAUCCAUGCAUACGAAGAUGUGUGGUAUCUUCUUCAUGUACAUAAAUCUGGUUUGUAUGCUUGUAACCGUAGCCUUCUGUAUAUACACUUCACAUUAACACUUCCGUCGUGACUUCUGAAGACUUGGUGCUCUAGAUGUUACUGAAAGGAAAAAACCUGGAGUUCACCAGGCUGGCUGAAGUUGUGAGGCUGGGAGGCUGAUGGUGCUGCUACUGGCUGAUCCUUCUUCUUUCAGCUUUUGUUCGUCCUUUCUCAAGCCGUUGGACCAGGGCUACUUCCCUAUGUGCUGUUAAUGUAUUAAGUAGUUCCUUCGAAUUUGUAGUAUUAGUUAGUUUGAAUGUGGAAGUACCUUAAUUUUUAGGAACGAAAUGUUGCUUUGUAUGACCAAGGGUUUGAUACCUUAAUCUUUGGAUAAUUAAUUAUGUGAACUGUUGGA